UAAAUAUAAUUGUGUUUUUAUUAUGAUAAUUCUAUAUAUACAUCAACAUGUCAUUUAGUUGAAAAAAUAUAAAUUAGUCAAAGAUAUCGAAUACGCAUGCGCAAAUAGUGUUUUCGCGCCGUGAACAUCGUAAAGGCCGGCAGUUAGAAUCGAACCUCUGCACGUGUCGGUUAUCCUUUUAUCAUUUUAUAAAAGAAAAAAAAAGUUUUGGUGUCGAGAUGUUUUGUCUGUUUUCUAUUUCAAUACUUCUAUACAAUAUGUUUAUGAAUUAUGUACAAUUGUGUAGUUGAUGUUGAUUCACGGAAUAAUUUUUAAUCGAACGUGCAUAAUACGUAUGAUUGCUCACGCGUUUGAAGCAUGGCUAUCAUGCAAUCCUGUUGCUGUUGGCGGUCUGUAAGAAGAGGUAGCUUCGCUUGUGCUAUUUAUGUUGGGAUUUACUUUAUCGUAUUGGCGCUAACCACGGGUAAAGUGCUCCAGGGGGAGAGUCAAUAUCUGCGGGGGAAUCGUUCGUUGCCGGAAUCCAGCAGUUUCCUAGAAUCGGAUACCAUAUCCCCCACGACGGUAUGGUUUAACGUGAUGCUGUUUAUAUGCUCGUGCUGCGGUGUAAUUUGCAACAUCCUGCUUCUCUAUGGGCUCUAUAAGGAUCAACGUGUCUUUCUCGUACCCUGGAUUAUCGUUGUCGUCACGACCUGUUUCGUCGAUGUGGCGCACUCCUUAUACUUGUUUAUCGUUGCUUCCACUUUUGACCCGACAAAGGUGAUGCUAUAUACGUUGAACUUCUUCCUUUUCUGCCUGAACAUAUAUUCCGUGUUGUGCGUGAUCUCCCAGUAUCAAGAAUAUGUGGCCGGUCGAGGCACUGCCGCGGACGACUACGAAUACAGGGUCAGUAUUCUGAGACUCUCUCAACGGAGACAGGAACGAGAUAAGGGACGAAAAGUUCCAGCAGUGAGGUAUGCCGUUCAGCCGCCAACUACAACCGCUACGUCUUGCCUGAGUUCUCGCAGGGCGGCAACCAACAACGAAACCAAAGCAACCGCAACGCCAACGCAGAGCCCUACCGCGGCUCAGAACACCCUCCCCUUGGAUAAGAGUCCUGUCACAGGACGAUCGAGAAAACACGUUCAGUUCCCUGACACAACGUCUGAUAAUCAGAAGGGAAAAUCCGAAGUUCCAAUCACGGUGUUGGUGCUUAAAAUGGAACCAGAGAACGAAUACACGACGUCAUCAUCCUCGUUGAAAUUCGAGGAAACUAUGACGAUCGAUCAAGUUCUUCAAUCUCAGAAAACCAGCAAUAGCCAAGAUACCCGAAGUGUCCAGAAUCUAUCUUUGUAACCGACUGUGAACUCUUAAUGGCAAGAUUUUCUUAUUGCCAUUUUAUUGCUGGUACUUUCUACUUGCGAAUGGUUCAACAUCGCCAAUGAAUAAUUUAUCUUACGUAAGGAAUGUUCUCAAAGUUGGUCUGUGUGUGAGAUAAGAGAAUUAAGACCAUCAAUGCGCUAGUUCGUUCAAAGCGAUGGUCAAUUCGUAUCACUGAUUUAAUAGACUUACCAACUUUGCGAGUUUCAAAUUAUGUCUCGAUUCGAUUCUUUAACGGGUUCUUCGUGUUUCUCUUGUUUAUUAUAAAUUAUUCGUGUAAAUUCGUAAUAGGAUAAAUUCGUACGUUUGGAUAAAUUGAUUGGAAUUGUCCAAUGAUGAGAUAAUUAUCUCGUGAGAAACUGUCAUUCGUCCUUUGUGUUUUAUGCAAAGAAUAAUAACGUGAGAUUGAUGGCUUAAUGCCACACGAGAAUGAAUUGAAACGCUAACAUAUGUUCUUUGGAUUAUUGUGUUAGCCAUAGUGUAUAGAAUGGUCAAAGGCGAUCAAAUCGAAUGUAACGAUAAACGUUUGCACAACCGUCGAUCAAUAUUGACAUCAUUCUAUUACCGUUAUAAUGAACAUUGAUCUUCCAAUUGAAGAUGGACGCUUCGAUAACACAUCAACUAUUUCAAGAGAAACAAUAGCUUAAUUCUCUGUUACGAAAUGAAUUUUAGAUGAACAUGCCAAUGCUUGCAAAAGAAUACAAGAAUAUAUCAAACAGAUAUAUAAAAUUGACUUGACUAAUGUAUGAAGUUGAUCAAUUGUAUUUUUGUAUUAUAAAUUUUUAGACAAAUGUAUAUUUUCGGGAGAAAAGAGAAUAUUCUCUUGUUUUAUAAUGCAAUUUUUUAAAAAUCAUCCAUUUCGUAUUCCGUCGAUUUAACGCUUGCCCCUUGGUUUCUAUUACAAGUUGUAAUGUCCGAAUAUUUACAAAAAAAAAGAAUAAUGAAAAAAAUAAGUGCGUUUCUUACUCAAUAUUGAUAUAAAUGUACAUAUUAUUGUAAAUUUCAUCGUGUUAGUACCUGUUUAUAUAGAAGUCCGAUGUGGACAUUUGAAAGGCUGUUCUAACGUUUUCAAUAAAAUAAUUUAUGUGGUUUUUAAAUCAGUAGUACUCUUAUUUUCUUAAGCUUGUAACAAUUUAUAUAAUUAAUUAUAAAUCUACAAAAUGCUUAAUUUGAUAUGUUCUCUUUCGUUAAUCACUUGUUCACUCUUCGAUGAAAUUCUUUCUAAUUUGCGAAAACGAUUUUCUUUUCGUCUCUGGUAAAUAAAAUACUAGGUAUAAAAUACUAAACACGUUUAGGGCAGAGAUGCAUAAGAAUGCAACAGAAUAUGCAUUAUAUUCUAACACGACGACAUUCCAGACACGCAACAUAAUGAACGACCACAUGAAGUUUACGUAGAAACAAAAGCUGACACACGUUACUUUCGCGUAUAUCGGAAAUAUUUCGUUUAUAAUAACGUAAGGCAGAAUGGCCAAUCCCAACGAGAUGCUCAUAACGUAAAAUAAUAUCGCUAUCAAAGGUAACAUUUGUAGAUCCAUAGUAUAUAUAGAGUUUUCCUGCACAUAAAAAUAAAUACCUAAUAAAAAACUGAAACUGGAAACGCCUACUGUGGAUAUAAUCAUCAAAGGUCUUCUUCCUAAACGAUCCACUAAACUGAUACACACUAAAGAUGAGAUCAGAUGCAUCGUUAUUAAAACGAUGCUGGUAUAAGCUUCUUGCAAUUCUCCGUUAUAAUUCUCGAAGAUCGUUUGAUAGCCAAUAAGAAUGAUCGAGCCUGAGAAUGCUUGCAGCAUCAUUACACCAAUACUGAUGAAGAUUAUCUUUUUGCCACCUGAAACAUCAAAUAUUUAAUAUAUUAGAAAUUGCGAAUAGAUAUAGGAUUUUUCUAAAAAUUUUACAAAAUUUAAUCUACCUGAUUGAGAUAUUAGAUUGAAGAUGGAAGAUAAAGUUCCUUUAUUACCAACAUCCCAUACCAUGAUCGAAUCCAUUUCCUCGCUAACAUCAGCCGAAUCACGUAAGAAUAUCAAAGAAUCCAUAGCUGCCUCGAAUUUUUUUUGGCGUAACAAAUAAUAAGGCGUUUCCGGAAACCAGAUAAACAUUACAAAUUGCAACAUUGCCAACGACAACGCCACAUAAGAAUAUUGUUGCACAGUGCCAAGCGAGCCGAUUACAUAGCCCAAAAGGUUACCGCAAUAAUCCAUUAAUAUGAAGCAACUGCACAAGGCACCGCGAAUGUACGUAGGAGAGAUCUCUGUCACAAACAUAGAGCCACUCGUGAAAAUUAUACCGUUGGCUAUACCGCCUAUGAAACGUGCGAUGUACAAAUUCUAAAAAUAAUAAAAAUUACAUUUGAUAAGUAUCAAUAUAUGACUUGUAAAUUAAUAUGAAAAAUAGAAGACCGAGUUGUAUAAAUAUUGAAAAUUCACUUAUGCUCUUGAAAUAUGAAAGGAAAAUUUAAAUAUAAUUAUUUAAUGAAUAUUCGUAUUUUGAAAAUUAUAAUGUACGUGUACCAUUGUCGUUGAAUUCCAUACUAUUAGUAACCAACUUAAGCAUGUAGGAAUGAUGGCUAGUAAUAUUGAAAUUUUUCUGCCUAUAAAGUCAGCGAUGAAUAUCGAAACGAAACAUCCGAAUGACAUUCCUAAUUUGAACAUUGACAUUAGCCAGGAAGCCUCGCUCGUAGUGAUUUCAAAGGGAAGACCAUCGAUUAUCAUUGGGGACGUCCAUCCCAAAAAUAGACCACCGUUGAGUUGAGCUAAACACAC